AGGUCCCAUUUUUUAUGAGGACACUAACCAAUACCAAGAUUGUGUCUUAUCAUAAGUCAGCCCUUUUCUCAGAACAGGGGAAGUUUCUACCAGGACAGAACAUUCCAGCCGUCCUUGAAGAGGAGAUUCAGUGUGUCAACACCCACCUCCAUGCUUGAAUGGUCCUUUGGUGAUUUUGGAGAUUCCUGAUGUAAUUGUCUGAAGGACUUGUACAGACAAACAGUGAGCCUCAGUGAACGCAAGAGAGAUUUUUUAGGGAGUUUGAAAGGAGAAAGUGUGGAGACAUGGCGGCUUUCGGUCUGGAGUUAGUGGGAGUCACGCUCUCGGUUCUUGGCUGGCUUCUCAGCAUUGUGUGCUGUGCUUUGCCCAUGUGGAGGGUCACCGCUUUCAUCGGUACCAACAUCGUCACGGCGCAGGUGUACUGGGAGGGAAUCUGGAUGAGCUGUGUGGUUCAGAGUACUGGACAGAUGCAGUGUAAAGUCUACGACUCCAUGUUGGCUCUUUCCGCAGACCUACAGGCGGCCCGCGCUCUGGUGGUGGUGUCCAUCAUCGUGGGUGUAGUUUUACUGUUUGUUUGUUUUGUUGUGGAUAAUUGUGGGAACUGCAUUGAGGAUGAAGGAGCCAAAGCCCGUGUGAUGAUCAGCUCUGGUGCCGCUUUCAUAACAGCCGCGGUCAUGCAGCUUAUUCCCGUGUCCUGGUCAGCGCACACCAUUAUUUUGGAGUUCUACAGUCCAGUUAUUCCAGAAGCUCAGAAGAUGGAAAUAGGGGCCAUGUCGAUGGGAAUGGAGCUCGGGGGCAUUGCCCUGGGUAUUAUCGGUUGGAUCAUUAGUAUUGUCACUUGUGCUCUUCCAAUGUGGCGUGUCUCAGCCUUUGUUGGUGCAAACAUUGUCACAGCACAAGUCAUCUGGGAGGGUUUAUGGAUGAAUUGUGUCGUACAGAGCACCGGACAGAUGCAAUGCAAGGUCUAUGACUCCAUGCUGGCUCUGUCUCAGGACCUUCAGGCUUCCAGAGCCAUGUCGGUCAUUUCCAUCAUCUUGGCCAUCCUGGGUGUGUUGAUCUCCAUCAUGGGCGCCAAAUGCACCAACUGUAUCGAGGAUGAAGCCUCCAAAGCUAAAGUGAUGAUCAUCUCUGGUGUGAUGUUCAUUAUUGCCGGCAUCCUGGAGCUCAUUCCGGUGGCUUGGGUGGCAAACCAAACCAUUCGGGACUUCUACAACCCGUUACUGUCCACCGCUCAGCAAAGAGAGCUUGGGGCUUCCAUCUACAUAGGGUUUGCCGCCGCUGCUCUGUUACUAAUUGGAGGAGCAUUGCUGUGCUGCACCUGUCCUCCACGAGAGAAGAAGUACAAGCCACCCAGAUGGGUUGGUUAG